AUGGCAGUACACCCCCUCCCCUCCCACCAUGGCAGUACACCCCCUCCCCUCCCACCAUGGCAGUACACACCCUCCCCUCCCAUCUUGGCAGUACACCCCUCUCCACCCAUCAUAGCAGUACGCCCCCUCCCUUCACAUCAUAGCAGUACACCCCUCCCCUCCCACCAUGACAGUGCACCCCCUCCCCUCCCACCAUGGCAGUACACACCCUCCCCUCCCACCAUGACAGUGCACCCCCUCCCAUCAUGGCUGUACACCCCCUCCCUUAAUAUCAUAGCAGUACACCCCUCCCCUCCCACCAUGACAGUGCACCCCCUCCCAUCAUGGCAGUACACCCCCUCCCUUAAUAUCAUAGCAGUACACCCCUCCCCUCCCACCAUGACAGUGCACCCCCUCCCAUCAUGGCUGUACACCCCCUCCCUUAAUAUCAUAGCAGUACACCCCUCCCCUCCCACCAUGACAGUGCACCCCCUCCCAUCAUGGCUGUACACCCCCUCCCUUAAUAUCAUAGCAGUACACCCCUCCCCUCCCACCAUGACAGUGCACCCCCUCCCAUCAUGGCUGUACACCCCCUCCCUUAAUAUCAUAGCAGUACACCCCUCCCCUACCACCAUGACAGUGCACCCCCUCCCAUCAUGGCUGUACACCCCCUCCCUUAAUAUCAUAGCAGUACACCCCUCCCCUCCCACCAUGACAGUACACCCCCUCCCAUCACAGCAGUACACCCCUCCCCUCCCAUCAUGGCAGUACACCCCCUCCCCAAACCAUCAUAGCAGUACACCCCUCCCCUCCCAUCAUGGCAGUACACCCCAUCCCCCAAUCAAAGUAGUACACCCCCUCCCCUCCCAUCAUAGCAGUACACCCCCUCCCCCAAUCAAAGUAGUACAUCCCCUCCCCUCCCGUCAUAGCAGUACACCCCCUCCCCUCCCAUCAUAG